AUGAACGCUUUCAAAUCAUACAUUCCAAAUGCGCGUGGGAUAAUUUGCCGCUUCCAUGUAUUAAGAGACAUGCGAAAGCGCUGCGCUCAUUUAAAAGGUUGCAACGCUAUUGACCGAAGGAAAGUUGCGCAAUGGUUGAGUAAGUUGAUGUAUACACAAAGCAAACUGCCGUUCAACAAAUUGUUUGCUGCCAUCGGUGCUCGAAGUAAGGAGGCGUUUAGGUAUCUUAAUAGCAUGUGGCUCCCCUACACGGAAAACUGGGCAGGACAUAUUUUAAAGGGCAUAAGAAAUUUGGGCAAUUUCAUCACUAACAGAGUGGAGAUAGAGAAUAGGCACCUGAAACACGGUUUGUCCCGUAGGUCGAGUGUCAUUCAAUUAUUUAAGCGGUGUUACGACAGAAUCAAGAAUUGGACCAGACAAGGGAAAGCC